CCCCCAGGGGCCCUCCCUCCACCUCCGUCCCCGUACGCCCCCCUCCCCCACCCUCUCACGCACUCCCGGAAGAUGGGGAACUGCCUCAAGUCCCCCACCUCGGAUGACAUUUCCCUGCUCCACGAGUCUCAGUCGGACCCGGCCAGCUUCGGGGAGGGCACGGAACCGGAUCAGGAGCCGCCGCCGCCAUAUCAGGAGCAAGUCCCUGUCCCGGUUUAUCAUCCAACUCCAAGCCAAACUCGGCUGGCAACACAGCUGACUGAAGAAGAGCAAAUCAGAAUAGCCCAGAGGAUAGGCCUGAUCCAGCAUCUGCCUAAAGGAGUGUAUGACCCUGGAAGAGAUGGGUCAGAAAAGAAGAUCCGGGAGUGUGUGAUCUGUAUGAUGGACUUUGUUUAUGGGGACCCCAUCCGGUUUCUGCCGUGCAUGCACAUUUAUCACCUGGACUGUAUAGACAACUGGCUCAUGAGGUCCUUCACGUGCCCGUCCUGCAUGGAGCCAGUGGAUGCAGCACUGCUUUCCUCCUAUGAGACUAACUGAGCCUUGGCUUCUCUUCUGACGAUCAAGGGAGCCAAGGCUUUGGAUGGUUUUGAUCUUUUGUCACUGAGCCCGCAGAGCCAGGGAGCAGGAAUUAAGAUCAUGCACAAAAGUCAUUUCCUAAAAAUUCCUGAAUGGCUGCAGAUCCUGGAAAAAGUCCAUGAUAUUUUAGAGGCCAGAGGAGCGAGUAGGAAGGUAUUUUUACAUAAAGCCUUGACCCAGUGUUUAACUAUAAUUGUACUUGGUCUUGUUACUAUCCCAGUGCAUAGGAAUUGUGUAAGUGUUGCAGCAGCCGUAGAUGUUUAAAUUGUGUGUAUUGAAGAUUUUAUUAGGAGCAAGGUAGGGGUUAUUUUUCCUAAAUGAAAUAACUUUCAUUCCCUCCCCCCAUUCUUUUCACAAGUUGCUAGCAUUUGGGUCAAGGUUUUCUUAAAAGCUACAUUUUAUAACACUGGCACAAAGAAGUAGUUUUAAGCUUGUUUGCACAGUUCUUUUUUCCAUUGGAGAUGGAAUCCAUUGCCUUAGGUCUUUUUAAAUAGUGUAUUGUUAUUGUUGGGGCUGCCUCUAUGCUUGAAAACCAGUUUAUUUAUAACCUGUUAAAAGUGCUACGUUCUGUUUGCAGUUAGGAUUAUGCAGAAUUUAAAGGGAUCUCCUAGCUCUUAAGCAGACUGAGAUGCACUAUCCCUUUUCUAUUUUUUGAAAAAAGAAAGAGACUUAAUAUGAGGACAGACAUCAACCCAAGGAAAAUGAUUUUAAUAUUUACUCAGUCCAGGGUUUUGCUUAAUUCGUAUGACUAUUUGCAUGGUAAACAUUAAAAUUUUGAGCAGACUUAAAAUGUUAAGGCCUUCGAGCUCGAAUUAGACCACUGUGCUGUAGGACAUGAAGGGAGACCCCACAGGGGUGAGUAUUACAAGAAAAAAAGAUUCCCAGUUGUGACUUGGGUCAUUGCUUCCUCCCUCUCCCAUAAAGACUUGUCGUCUUGGACCUUAGCAAAAGGAUACUGCAUCUCGAGUUACUGUAGUUCUGAGGUUCUUGAAGUAAAUAAACCGGAUCUCGAUCUCUGUUUGAAGGUGUCUGUUUAGUCCUGCUGCUGACCAGGCCAGCAGAGGGAAAUAAUAAGGCAGAUGUUUCUUGUGUUAUUUUGCACACCAAUGCCGAGUUUGUAUAGCCACAUGACUUCAUGGUUGUGAUCUCAAGAAAGAAGGAAUUUCUCCUUCAUCUGUUUCUUGCAGCUAAUCUAAGAAUGCAAGAAAUCUCUAAGCUCCUGAAGUGUUUCUAGUAGAGACAGUCUCGUACAGAUGUGGUCGUCAUCUUUUUCUCUAGUUAGCAUGUGUUCGUGUUUCCUUAUCGUACUCUACUGUGACUUUUAGACGUCCGGCUCCACACUGGCCCUGCAGUUACCCAUCUUAGAUCAGCAGAAAGAGAUGCAGUCUCAACUUAACCCAAAGGAAUCAGGAAGUGUUUCUGACUAUUUUGUUUGGAAUUGAGUCUUUUACCUAACAUUUUUAUAUUGUCAAACACACAGACUUGAAGGAGCCUCUGUGCUUAGAUUCUAGAGGAGUGAAAUAUAUCAUAAGUACUUUCUAAAAAGGUUUGUCCAUGAAUGCAGGAGGGUCUCCACAUGAUUAAUUUUUUCCCCUAUUAAUCCAUAAUGGAAAGACAUGAAGGUGAAUUUGAGAAAAGUGUAAAAGAAAUUCUAGUAUCAGGUCCAUUUAAAUUGUUAGCCGUGUCUCUUGGUCGAAUUUUUUAUUUAUUAAUUCAGAUACACCCAAUUACCUAAAACAAAUCUGAGAAGAAACAGCUGAAGUUGUGCAAUAUUUUCAGUGAUGAUACUUUUUUUUUAUCAUUGUGUGUUUUUCUAUAUAAACGCGAUGCCCAUGUCAUUAAGUAUUAUAGCCAGAUUUUCUUUUUCUUGAUUGUUAAAAUUGGCAAAAAAAUGAACUUUCAUUUUUAAACGUCUUUUAUGUUGCUCUUUGUCAUUAUUUAUUCUAAGGCUUGAUUAGGAAAAGUUUGGAAGUCCUAUUGAAGUGACUGGUUCCUGAGUUGAAUGCUUUUUUUUUAGGCACUUUGUAUUGUUAAACUUUAUUUUGGUCUCCUUAUACCAUGUUAAGAACCAUAAACCUCUGCUUUUACUAAGUUGUUAAAUAAAGUUAUAACAGUUAUAAA